AUGUCUCACAUAUACUCGGACGCCUACUUGGUACUAGCCGCUGCGUCGGCCGAUGCAGAUGACAAGGGCUUUUUCACGCAACCACGCGGUAUUUACCGAGGGUUGGGCUUGGAGUCACGCGUGGGAAGCGGCGAAAAAGACUUGGUGAUGCAUACAUUUAUGCCACAUCCGAAAUCUCGAGCCAGUGCGAGGCCAUUGAGUCCGAUCGACUUCGGACCACUUGGUACAAGAGCAUGGACUUUGCAAGAAACUCUUCUUGCUCGGCGGUGCGUCGGAUUCAACGAGAACGAGAUCGCUUGGGAGUGUCGCAGCUUCAUCGACUCACUGGCUCAUAUCAUCGCGGAAGCUUCUGGCGACGAAUAUAUUGCCGGCAUCUGGCGGGGUGAUAUCAUGUAUGGUCUGGCUUGGAUGGCCGCAGGAUCUAGCAGACGGACGGAAACCGCACACUCUCCACACAACCCUCCUCACCCAUCAUUCUCAUGGGCAUCUGUAGAUGGACCUAUCGAAUACCUCUGGCCGACAAAUACAAUGGAAGACGAUAGCUCUUCUACCGGAUCUUUUGGGGUCAGCCUCCUGGAAUAG